AUGUCAGAUAUAAGACCAGUUUAUUCAACGGGUCGCGGAGGCGCAGGCAAUGUGGUGCACCAGUCGGCGGCCGACGAGGUUGUUGUGCCGCACGAGACUCGCAGCUCAUUCAAACAGGACGAACACGGCAAGUUCCAUUACCCCACAGGCAGGGGAGGUGCCGGCAACGUGACAGAGCUCGAGGCUGUUCCCAGCCCGCGCCAGGACCCUGCUGCCAUCAAAGAGGAGCUGAGCCCUGUAUUUUCUACAGGACGAGGCGGCGCAGGAAACAAAGUGCACGUCAAGGAGCCUACGACCAUUGAGCAGGAGAUGGAGCAGCAGUUGUCGCCCGUCCACACGACCGAAAGUGCGAAGAAGAAAGUCUCGUCGCCUGCCGGCAAGAGCAGCGGAGGCAUUUUGGGAAAACUCAAGAAAAUCUUUAAAUGA